AUGGCGACUGGCAACAUCGAUGACCCGGACAUGGGCGGUGGAAAUGGAGAGAGUGAACAAUCGACAGGAGCGGCGAAUGAUACUAUUCCCCGACCAAAGAGAAUUGCAUGCAUAUUAUGUCGCAAAAGGAAAUUGAAAUGUGAUUCAAACAAACCGAGCUGCGGGACAUGUUCGCGACUCAAUCACCAUUGUGAAUACUCCGAGGAACGGAAGAAGAGCGGCCCCAAGAGAGGGUAUGUCAAACUCUUAGAGGCCAGACUGAAGCAAGUCGAAAACUUGCUAGAGACAAGAGAUGCCACAACUGAGCUUGCUACCCGUGCACCUCAGCCCACAACAACAGCGGAUUCAUUGAGCUCUAUGCCGCCCCUGGACAUGAAUAAUGCUCUCGAUACUUCGAUGAGCGGGAUGAUGCCAGACAACAGCUUCACCGAUCCAACUCUGGUCGGGAUGCCAGAUUUCAGCAUGAACGCCAAUGACGAUUUCUCCUGGGAGGUGAUAGGUCUCGGUCUCGAGGAAGCAUUACCAGCAAGAGAGGUAAUAGAUGAGAUGAAUGAGAUCUAUUUCGAAAAAAUCCAUCCUUCCUUGCCCAUGAUCCACAAGGGGCGUUUUCUCGCUUCAAUGGACCUCGCGCCUCAUAUGCGCCCAGCCGUGUGCCUGAGAUAUGCCAUGUGGACCCACGCUUGUGCCAUUACCUCAAAGUUUUCAGCCUACACCGAACACUUCUAUGCGAGGGCUCGGAAAUAUGCAGAGAUGGACGAAAUGAGAGGGCACGGCGAGGGAAUGAUCACGAUCGCCCACUCACAAUGCUGGACUUUGCUUGCGUGUUACGAAUUUAGAGUAAUGUAUUUCCCGAGAGCGUGGAUGAGCAUCGGAAGAGCUGCAAGGCUGGCGCAAAUGAUGGGUUUACAUCGGCAGGAUCGUGUUGGUCUCGACGUGAAACAGACACUUCCGCCUCCUCGAGACUGGACAGAUCGUGAAGAACGGCGGCGGACCUUCUGGAUGGCAUACUGUCAGGACAGAUAUGCCAGCAUCGGGACUGGGUGGCCGAUGGUCAUUGAUGAGAGAGACAUUCUCACAAAUCUACCGGCUAGCGAGGAAGCGUUCAAUAAAUGCCAACCAGAACCUACACUGCAGUUAUCCGACAUCUUGAACGGUGAUGGCGCGUCGUCUCUCUCUUCAUUUGGCGGUGUGAUUCUCUUAUCGACAAUAUUUGGGCGAAACCUCACCCAUCUCCACCGACCAUCGGAACAAGACAAUGAUCAUGACCUCAAUGGCGCAUUCUGGAAACGUCAUCGAUCUUUAGAUAAUAUCCUUCUUAACACGUCUUUGUCCCUACCCCCGCCUCUCCGCCUCCCGGCAGGUCUCAAUGAUCCGAACACCGUCUUUCUCAACAUGAACAUUCAUACAGCUACGAUAUGUCUGCACCAAGCAGCCAUAUUCAAAGCCGACAAAAAUCGACUGCCAGCCCAGAUUAGUGCAGAGUCCAAACGUCGAUGUAUCGUCGCAGCGGACCAAAUCACCAACAUCAUGAAAAUGAUCAGCCAUAUGGACAUGUCGAUGAUGAAUCCUUUCCUUGCCUUCUGUCUUUAUGUGGCUUCGCGUGUGUUCGUACAAUAUCUCAAAUCUAGACGUGAGGAUACAGCGGUCAAAUCCUCCCUGCACUUCCUACUUGCCGCGAUGCAAGUCCUGAAAACCAAGAAUCCGCUCACCGAGUCGUUCUUGGUCCAGCUCGAUGUUGACCUCGAAGGCAGCGGCUUGGAUAUUCCGACAAGCUAUUCACGAUGGAGAUUCGGUCACCGCCCGCCAGGUGAAAGUCCCGCUAACACAGACGCCCUGAAAUGCUCUCCUCUCUUUGAAAUACGAGAGACUCAAGGUCGGGAACCAGUUGGGUCAGUCCAAGGGACCAAUAGCAAGGAGGUACAUCCCCCUUGGCCCAUGGAUGCCACCGCCCAGACUGUGGAUAGGGGCUAUCCAAGCUUAUAUGCUUCGGAGGGAUCGAAUACCAGCGCACAAAUGGGCCAGACGGCCCGAUUAGCAAGCGAUGGAUUCGAGAAUGGUUAUGGCUUUCCCAUCCAGUCAGUUGGAACAGACACUUCACCAGACACUUCGAACCAAGAUGGAGCCGGCUCACGGCCACAUUCCAACCACCCAACGCCUUCGACCCAAUCAAAUCAAAACUCAUCGCAUACGUCUUACACUUCCCCUCCGAAUCAAUCCAGCAGCGGCAACACUGCGAGUAGUGGGCAGGGGCAGCCGUCACCGGGGUAUGCGUUCCCGGGUGGCGCUCAGUCUUCCUGGAACAUGAAUAUAUCAACUCAAAUGGGACAGGAUAUGUCACCUGCACAAUCAAAUAUGAACUUUGGUGCUACCGGGAUGACACCUGGUCCGACAGGGCUGACCCCUAUCCCUGACUCUCUGUGGCCGACAGAAGGAAUGCCUGAUGGAAAUGAAUGGAUGUUUGCCUGGGCUGGUUCGACCCCCCAACCUUAA